AUGCCAGAACAGUCUGAAACAGCUGAUAAAGAGAAAACUGUGCCAGCAAAAACUGCACCAGAUAAAGCAAAUCCCGUGCCAGUCCCGGUACCGGUGGUGACAACAUCACCUAGACUCACAAUAUCUGCAUUCACCAAGACUCCCCCCAAUGAGUUGUACAGGCGGUUGUUGCCAGCAGUGCUGUUUUUGUUGACUUUUGUCACAGUAAUGACUAUUUUAUUAAUCUACAUGGAUACUGUUGCUCUUGGAGCCCAACAAUUCCGCUUGAACAUGUCCCGGGACUAUGAGCUAGCAAAAAUCCCUCAGGAAUCUCCACCACUUGUAGCUUAUGUGAGACAAUUACACUUAGCACCCCGAGCUCCCCACGUGCAACCCCCUCGACCGGAACCUACACCCAGGAUUGAAAUACUCGAUCGCAUCCUCGGUCCAGUCGAAAGAAGAACCUUUAUAGAGUUCCUGCCUAAGGGUCCAAGAGACCCAACCACAUUGUAUUUGGAAGCAGUUCGUAAUUGGGAUGGAGUGGUUGUUAGGGCUGCUGCUCGGGACUACUUAGCAUUAAGAGGAGCUUCGAGAGCUUUACAUGCUUGCCUGAGCCCAACCAAUCAUCCACGCGAGGUAACAUACCAAGAAGCAGAGACUCGGGGGUCGGCAUUCAGUUCCCGUGUAUUGUGUCUGCCAUUAUACACAGUACUGCUGGCAGCCGAGGCAACUCGAGCCCAACUGCUGCUGCUUGGCGGAGAUGCUGCUUUGCCAGCUCUGCAACAUUUGCCAUUCGAAGAUGGCCUUGUGUAUUUACAGGUGAUUGAAGUGUUUACAACAGACGCAGCAGCUCGGAACAAGACCUCGCAGUUCCUAGAAUCGAAGAACUAUACGAUAGCGGCCACUUUUGACGACAGUAUCAUGUACGCUCUGAAUGAGACUAAGGUUUGA